AUGAAUUCUUCAAUACCCAUUUACGUUAAACAAUUUGGGCUAUUUCUCGACGGUGAUCACGUGCUGCGGUGCCGUGGGAGACUGAAGAAUUCAUUGCUGAAUCUGGAGAGCAAAAAUCCUGUAUUGCUUCCAAAGGAAUCAAGAUUUGUGGAGUUAUUAAUAUGCGAGGUUCACCACAAUGUGAAGCACAGCGGGAUUCGUGAUACACUAACAACCAUUAGAGAGCAUUUUUGGAUAAUCCGUGGUCGAGAAGCAGUAAAGAAAAUAGUCAGGAAAUGUGUCGUUUGUCGUAAAGCCGAAGGUCUUCCUUAUGGGGGAACGCCUCCUCCAGAUCUUCCUGUUAGCAGAGUGUCGGAUGAUCCCCCUUUCACAAACGUAGGUUUGGACUUUGCCGGACCUUUGUUCGUACGAGAGAGUUGUGAAAGGAAUAAUUUGUCGGAUAAUCCAACAAAGGUGUAUAUUCUAUUGUUUACGUGUGCGUCUACUAGAGCCAUUCAUCUGGAGCUCACUCCUUCCUUAAGCGUUCCAGCCUUUCUCCGCGCGUUCCGCAGAUACGCUAGUCGACGAGCACUGCCAGCUCUUCUUAUAUCCGAUAAUGCUAAGACUUUCCGAGCUGCAUGCUUAGAAAUUCGCAAGUUAUGUCGUUCUGAGGAAGUGUUACGCUAUCUUGCAAACUAUCAGAUUACAUGGCAAUUUAUCGUCGAAAAGGCCCCUUGGUGGGGAGGCUUCUGGGAACGUUUGAUUCGAAGCGUGAAACGUCCGUUGCGAAAGGUAGUUGGUAGAACCAAUCUAACCUACGACGAGUUGCAUACUAUUGUGGUUGAAAUUGAGGGCGUAAUAAAUGCACGACCCCUAACCUACGUGUACGACGAUGAAGAAGCUGUAUCUCUUCCGCUAAGCCCGUCGCACUUGGUGUAUGGAAGACGAAUAACGACCAUGCCAAACAGUGAGCACUUUGAAAUUCAGAGCACUUAUCAAUCUUUGACGAGAAAGGCGAAACAUCACAAAAAUUUACUGCAACGUUUUAUUCUUCAAUGGAGAAACGAGUAUCUUUUAGCCUUGCGAGAGCAAUACACUUCAAAAUCAAGAGGUAAUCAAAAUCCCGAAAUAGCAGUUGGAGAUAUCGUCAUUAUUCGCAACGAUCAAACAAAACGUAUCUUUUGGAAGGUGGCGAAGGUUGAACAAUUGUUACAAGGUGGCGAUGGAAUUACACGAGCUGCACAAGUCAGAGUCCUUCGUGGAGACUCUAGUCAUUCACACUUGUUGCGGCGUUCUAUCAGGCAACUUAUUCCAAUUGAGGUUCAUCAGGAAGAAGACAUUAACGAAAGAGUAGAAAACGAUAAGAAAGGCGAAAAGGAACAAGUCCUUCGUCCAACUGAUCGACCACAACGCAGCGCGGGAAUAACAGGACAAUUGCGAAGAUUGCAGAAUACAAACAAGUUCUAA